AUGGCGAAUUUCAGAGUGUGGGAUGUGAAGAGCGGAGAAAGCAUCGUCGAGUCAAUCGACACAGAGGAAUUCACGCGUUACAUGGAAGGGGUUUGCUACUCACCGGACGCCAAGAUGAUUGCCACAGGCGGGAAAUGGCUGAAAAUCUGGGAUGCCAACACAGGCGAACUACUCAAAAAAUUCCACCUGGAUGGAAAAUUCCUUGUCACUGGCUGCUACGACAACGACCUAUACAUAUGGGAUGUUUCCGCCAUCGUCAAAGAAGCUGGCCUUCUUUCAGAUAUCGUCGAUGCUACACCGCAACCAGCCUCAAAGUUGAAAGGUGCUCCUCGAAUACCUCCAGGGUUCUUCGACGAUGCACAACGAGAGGCUAAUUUACCCACUCAAUCCCAUGAGCCACAUAACCACGCCACUCCAGUACCACGUCAACGCGCCCUCAGUCGUUUUUUCUCAUUUUUGCGCCGCUUCAAGCCACAUAGGGAAACUGUGCCAGAUACCCAAUCCAGAUCCCACUUUCUCAGUUGGACUCGGAACCUAGUAUCUGGUAUACCACGCAGACGAGAUGGAUCGGACAUCCAAUUGCAAGAGGUCAGGGUUCCUCACACAUGGGCAAAGCCUAGGUACUAUCACGCAACAGGGAAGAAAGCUUCCAGCUCGUCUCGACCUCCCAAUACUCGUACCACGCAGCAAACCAACGUAGCAACCCAGAGUAUGCUGCCAUCAUCACCGCAACCAUCUCCUACUGUCACUGCUUCAACACCUCCCGCCAUUGCUGGCACCCUGGGGACAAUUGGAGCACCCUCAUAUCCUCAUGUUGCCAUUGCUGGAUGGCGCGCUCGUUUUGUGGGCUGGCUUUGCUUCGUGCCCGUUCAGAACAUAAACAGUCAGCCAUAG